AUGCUGGCAUUGAUGCGCGACUUGGGCAACUCCAUGAUGUCCACCAUGGCUGCGGCGCGAGCCCCGCGGCCGGCAGGAAACGCGGCGACCAGGGGCGCAGGACGCCGGCGCCAAUCGGCGGAGGCCGGCACUCUCCCUCCACCAAUCAAAGGCGCGGAAAUUGCGAUCGCGAUCGCGCAGUCCCCGGAGCGGCCCCCGCAGGGCGGGCCGCUUCCGGAAGUGGGGAUCGGCUGCCUAGUGACGCGCGGCGUCCCGGAAGGUGCCCGGGUCCUCCGCGGACUGGGCCGCGGAGGCGGGGCUUGGACCGGGCGGGUCGGCGGCUGCCGCCCGGCGAGAUCCCGGAAGCAGGGUGUUGGGCUCCUGUGCGGUGGCGGCGGGGGACUGCGGCGCGAGCCUCAGACAGCAGCGAUGUUUCACUUCUUCAGAAAAUCUCCGGAAUCUAAAAAGCCCUCUGUACCAGACACAGAAGCAGAUGGAUUUGUCCUUUUAGAGGAUGCAGCCCCUGAGCAAGAAGUGGCAGCCAAAGGUAAAACUUCAGAAGCAGAAGGCAGCCAACCUUUGGAGCUCUCAGCAUGCCAACAGCAGCUGCAUCAUGGCACUCACCCUGCUGCCAACAGGGCAGGCAGCCUCCUUGGAGACUGCAAUGUUGCACUCGAGCCAACUGUUAAGAGAUAGAUGUUGGAGUAAUACAUACAGCACAGCUGAAAUUCAGAUUCUUCUAGGAGGCAUUUGGUGGAACACUUUGUCAGUGGCAUUUUGAAGUUGAUUUCAUUUUUGGAAACUUCUUAUUUUGGACAGUUGUCAAACAUAUUCAAAGGUAGAAAGAAUACUGUAGCACCUUCCUGUGUACCUUCUAUCUCUCCAUUUCAACAAUGAUCAACUUAUAGAGAAUCUUGUUUCACUUUCCCCAGUGUUUCCCCAUGGUUUAUCCCGACUACUGAUAAAUUCAUUCCAGGGGAUAAAUAUCUCAUAAAUUAUAGUUGCUUUCCUGUCCUUCUCUAGUCUAAGAUCUGUCACCUUAAUGAUUUCUGCAAUCCUUUCUUCCUAAUGGUAGAAGAUAUUAGAGUCUUUUGUCCUUCUAAAUUAAGCUAAAAUAUGCUCUGUUGGCACCUGUCAUAUUUUCUAAUGUGGUCCUCUACAUUUUCAGGGCUUUGUUCAUUCAGCUGGCCAAUCUGUCCACAGCAUGUCUGAGGUGUGCGGGGUCUUCAAAUGUAAAGCAUUAAAGGUCACUGGGUUUGAUUCUCAGUGUCACCACAGACUAGCUGUGUAAGCUGAGACAACUUGCUUCACCUUUGGGUCCUUCCGUGUCCUGUUUUUCACAUGGGACUAAUAAUGGUACACACUUCACAAAGCUGUGGUAGGACUUACAUGAGUGAGUACAUUUAAAUAGCUUGGAUGGAGGCUAGCACAAAGGAAGUGCCCAGCAUAUGCCAUGUGCUGCCAUCCUCCUCCUCCUCAUGAUCAUUUUUCACCCCUCACCACUCAUUUUACAGACAAUAGAAGAGAGGCCCAGGUGGAUGAAGUAUACAGCAGUUUUAUCAGGAGAACUUGAACAAGGAAUCACAUCUCUCAAUUCCUUAAUUAUCCAAGAUUCAGUUUGCCAGAGAGUUAAACCUUAGAAGUUGGGUGUUUAGAAAGCAAGGCAGUACGGGUAAUAUCCCUCUUCCUCUCACCUCUUUAGGAAGGUGAGAUUUCAAGAAUGUGUUUAAGAAAGGAGAUGAUUUGGCUAAUGAAACCGGAGAACAUUCUAUACAUAAGAAAGAAAAGAACGUUCAAGCAUAGGAUGCUAUUAACAGAUCUAGGGAACAUUUGUGCAUGAGAUUAUAAGAAGGCACGAUGUAAGAGAGGAUGGUAAGGUAAGAUGCUUUGAACCACCAGUGAAUGUCAAAACAAAAGAGGGUGCCUGGACGGCUUACUAGGUUAAGCAUCCGACUUUUGAUUUCAGCUCAGAUCAUGAUCUCAGGGUCAUGAGAUAGAGCCUUGAGUAGAGCCCUGCAUCAGACUCUGCAUUAAGUACAGAGUCUGCUUAGGAUUCUCUCUCUCUCAGGAUGCCUGGGUGGCUCAGCAGUUGAGCAUCUGCCUUCGGCUCAGGGCAUUGAUCCUGGAGACCCGGGAUCGAGUCCCACAUCGGACUCCCUGCAUGGAACCUGCUUCUCCCUCUGCCUAUGCUGCCUCUCUCUUUGUGUCUCUCAUGAAUAAAUAAAUAA